AUGGAUGCAACUUCUGCCCCCGUCGUCCAACUACUUACCACAAGACACGAGCAAAACGACGCCGUCGACCAUUAUGCCCAGCGAGACCCAACCAGCGAAUUAUUCGAGCCCAAGACCAUUGCGAGCAGAGAAACCGAAAGCAACAGAGUCCCCAUAGCUGACAAUGUGCAGAGCCUCGACCUCGAGUCCUCCACUGCUGGCGCUGCUGCUGGACUGGAUGACUUUCCAGAAGGAGGGCUGAAGGCCUGGCUCGUGGUAACUAGUUCUUUUCUCGCUUUGUUCUGCUCCUUCGGCUUCAUGGUCGCCAUUGGCACGGUCCAGGAGUACCUCCAGCUGCACCAGCUUUCGGAUUAUACCGCUCGCGAUAUUGGUUGGAUUCCGUCUGUAUUCGUCUACCUCUCUCUUGGUGGCGGGAUCGGAGUCGGCCCCAUCUUCGACCGCUAUGGCCCGCGGUACCUCGCUCUGUUCGGGUCAAUCUCUUACGUUGUCAUGAUGUUCCUGCUAGCGCAGUGCAGCAGGUACUGGCACUUCUUGCUGUGCCUGGGAGUGCUGGGAGGCGUGUCAGGCGCCAUGUUGGUGACGACGAGCAUGGCCGUGGUGAGUCACUGGUUCAAGAGACGAAGAGGGUUCGCACACGGGAUCGCCAUGACGGGCUCGAGCUUUGGUGGCGUCACGUUCCCGCUCAUCCUUCAAAACGCCUUUCCUCGGUACGGAUACGCGUGGUCAAUUCGCAUCAUCGGCUUCGUCAUGCUGGGCUGUCUGCUCAUCAGCAACGUCCUGAUGAAGCCACGGCUGCCUCCGUCGGACCAGGCCAAGAAGGAAGCUAUCAUCUCCCUCACCCUGUUUGGCGACUUGAAGUUCACCCUCUUCACCAUCACCGUGUUCGGCUUCGAGAUUGUCCUGUUCGGUGCGCUGGGCAUCUUGCCGACAUAUGCCAACUAUGGCGGACAGUUUCCUGCCGACACGGGCUUCUACAUCAUCGCAGUGAUGAACGGCGCGUCGUGUGCAGGCCGCAUCAUCCCAGGGUUUGUCUCGGACUACAUUGGCCGUUUCAAUACUCUCAUGAUCAUGAUCGUUGCGACUUUGGUUCUGAUGUUGGCACUGUGGCUGCCAUUCGGGCACAGUAGUCUCGCGGCACUGUAUGCGUUUUGUGCACUGUUUGGAUUCGGCACUGGCUCCUGGAUGGCGCUCACGCCGGCUUGCAUCGGCCAGCUCUGCGACGCGGAGCAUUUUGGCCGGUACUACGGCACAAUGUACUUUGUCGCGUCUUUGGCGACCUUGGUCUGCGUGCCUAUCAGCGGCGAACUCGUCGAGUCGGUUGGACCCCAGAUCAUGGUCGGGUUCAUGUGUGCGGUUCUUGCGUUGAGUCUGGGCACCUUCAUCCUCAGCCGGUGGGCGUGCUUGGGUUGGAAAUGGUCGUGGACGGCAAAAGUCUGA